GCUCAGCUCAGAAAGGGAGACGGUGACUCAGAGGCAGUGCAGGCGAGCAGGCAGGCAAGCAGACCCGGCAGUCCAUGGGCACUACGGACAGUCUCCAGACCACUAGGUGACAUUUCCCCCUCCCCUCUACUCUGACUGGACACUUCCUCAUCCCUCCUGAAUGGAUAGCCAGGAGAGGGACCCUGGCUCCCCACGUCGGGCUGCUGCUCCCUCCCUCUCAGACAGCACCCAGCCUUCUAAGUACAUCAUCCAGCAGGGAUUGGAACUAUGGGAGUUAGUAGAGGAGCCUCAGGGAAGAUUGGGGACGGAGGGGACCCAGCCAGAGAGGCAAGAAGGUCAUUUGCUCAAGAAGAGGAAGUGGCCCCUGAAGGGUUGGCACAAGAGAUACUUUGUCCUCGAGGAUGGAAUCCUUCGAUAUGCAAACACUAGGCAGGAUAUUGCCAAGGGGAAACUCCAUGGCUCCAUUGACGUCCGAUCCUCCGUCAUGUCAAUCAACAAGAAAGCUCAGCGAAUUGACCUUGACACCGAGGAUAACAUUUACCACCUCAAGAUCAAAUCCCAGGAGCUGUUCCAAAGCUGGGUGGCCCGGCUCUGUGCCCACCGAAUGGCACAGCGCCCAGAUAUGGCCAGAUGCCCAAAGCUCCCAGCGAGUAGCACCAACCGGAAGGUAAAUCCUAGAGCAGAAAUGACAUCCAGUGCCCACCUGGCAUCUACAGACAAUGUGCCUGCCCUUGGCUCUCGGGACAAGGUGUCAUCCUGGCUAAAAGACAGUGAGGGGCUAGAUCGGUGUUCCCAUGGAGGCACACAGUUAAUGUUUGACAAUUGUGGUCAUGAUGGUUGGGGAAAGAGGACUCUCAAAGAGAGAAAGACAAGGUCAGGGUCCUGGACGUGGAGCAGGGCGCUGACGAGACUGGGUUGGGGCUGGGGGGAGCCAGGCAUCUGUAUUCCAGAAGGAGCUGGGGUACCCCCUCGGCGGCGCUGCCUCCCUGCAGCCAGCGGCCCCGGAACCGACGUGAGCCUGUGGAACAUUCUGCGUAACAACAUCGGCAAAGACCUGUCCAAAGUAUCCAUGCCCGUGCAGCUCAACGAGCCCCUCAACACGCUUCAGCGGCUCUGUGAGGAGCUUGAGUAUAGCAACCUGCUGGACCAGGCGAGCCGCACGCCGGACCCCUGCGAGCGCAUGUUAUACAUUGCAGCCUUUGCUGUCUCUGCUUAUUCCUCUACCUAUCAUCGGGCCGGGUGCAAACCUUUCAACCCUGUUCUGGGGGAAACCUACGAGUGUGAGCGGCCAGAUCGAGGCUUCCGCUUCAUUAGCGAGCAGGUUUCCCACCAUCCACCCAUAUCUGCUUGUCAUGCAGAGUCAGAUAACUUCAUCUUCUGGCAAGAUAUGAAAUGGAAGAACAAGUUCUGGGGGAAAUCUCUGGAGAUUGUGCCAGUGGGGACUGUGAAUGUCAGACUUCCCCGGUUUGGGGACCACUUUGAGUGGAACAAAGUAACAUCCUGUAUCCAUAACAUCCUAAGUGGUCAGCGCUGGAUUGAACAUUAUGGGGAGGUACUAAUCCGAAACACUCAGGACAGCUCCUGCCAUUGCAAGAUCACCUUCUGUAAGGCAAAGUAUUGGAGCUCCAGUGUCCAUGAAGUGCAAGGAGCUGUGUUCAGUAAAAGUGGGCGAGUCAUCCACAGACUCUUUGGCAAGUGGCAUGAGGGCCUCUACCGGGGGCCCCCACCUGGUGGCCAGUGCAUCUGGAAACCAAACUUGAUGCCUCAAGACCAUGAGCGAAACUUUGGCUUUACACAGUUUGCCCUGGAGUUGAAUGAGUUGACAGCUGAGCUGAAGCGCUCUCUGCCUUCCACUGAUACCCGGCUUCGGCCAGACCAGAGGUAUCUAGAGGAGGGGAACAUUCAAGCUGCUGAAUCCCAAAAACGGAGAAUUGAACAGCUCCAACGAGACCGCCGCAAAGUGAUGGAGGAGAACAACAUCACCCACCAGGCCCGAUUCUUCAGGAGACAGACAGAUGGCAAUGGAAAGGAGUGGUGGGUCACUAAUAACACCUACUGGAGACUUCGGGCUGAGCCUGGCUAUGGGAACCUGGAUGGGGCUGUGCUUUGGUAACCUUGGCCCCAGGAGGGGGAUGCAGAGACCUUUAGUGCUCCUCAAAGGCAAUGUACCACUUGUCCCUCCUAUUGCCUUGCAACACUAUGGAUGCAUGGAAUGGGGCAGAACUUUUAUCUCCUUUCCCUGGAGACAAAUGGGCCAGCCUGUGGCUCAUUUCCUCUGCAGGCCCGGAGGAACUGGAUCCCAUCAUGUGGGGUUUUUUUUUUUGAGGGGGGGGGGUCACAAGCCUGUGGUGUCUCCUCUACCCCAAUCUUGUUGCACCAGCAACAGGCAUGCAAGAUGUGUCUUUGUCCCCUUGCCCCCAUACCAUCUUGCUUUCCCACACUGGCUUAUGGGAGGGAGACCUCAAACUUUCCACCUGCUAUUUUUUCAUCCAGUGCCUUGGACAUGAGGGACUCUGUGACUGUGACCUGCUCCCCCAUGACCCUCUCCACCUCCUUUGCCCCACCGCCAAAUCCUUCCAGAUUUGGCAGAGAUGGGGGUCAGUCCUUGAUCUCAGCCUCUGCAUUGCUGCCCUUUCCUUUGUUGUCAGCAUCCCCCCACCAUUUCCUCUUCCUACCCACUGCCCUCAACCAUCACACUAGCUUCUCCUUUAGAUCUGCUUUUGAUGUCCCUGGACUCCACCACUGACAAUCAUGUGUUAGCUAUGGGAUCAAUGGGAAGUGAGCAUUAGAUCCAAGGAAUUCUAGGAGAACUGAAGCUUAGCAGCGCCUGAGAGUCAGAGGUGGGGCUGGGGUGUGUAUGUGUAUGAGAGAGAGAGAGAGAGAGA